GUGAAGGAGCCUGCGCACACUAACAAGAACACACAGAUCAAGCAAGAACCUAAGAAGAACCUCUUGGGUCUUUUUCAGAUAUGUUCCAAAAAGCCUUGGUGACACUUGUGGUCCUAUUCUGCUCUUCACCCUUGGUAAAUGGAGGGAAAGUCCUGGUGUUCCCUGUAGAUGGAAGUCAUUGGGUGAACAUGAAAGUCAUCAUUGAGGAACUUCACUCAAGAGGGCAUGAAAUCACAGUGCUUUGUCCAGGAGACACCUGGUAUAUCAAGCAAGAGUCCCCUUACUACAAGACCAUCGUGAUAAAUUCCUCUGCUGGUUUUGACAAGGACAAGUUUGGGAUGUUUGUAACAAGCAUGGUUAACAUGCGGCGGGAAGGCGCUUCACUUUGGACUCAUUUGUCUCUGGAGUAUGAACUAAUAAAGUCUUUCCAUCAAAUGCAUAAGACGUUGCUUAUAAUGAUGGGGGAGAUUUUUGAGAAUGCCAAACUGAUGCAGAGCCUCCAUGAUGCCAAUUAUGAUUUGCUUCUGACAGAUCCUGCAACUGGAGGAGGGACACUUCUGGCUCACCGUUUGGGCCUCCCACUUGUCUUUAAUGUGAGGUGGACUGUUCAGGGUGAGGGGCAUGAAGCAAUUGCACCAUCUCCACGCUCCUAUGUUCCAUUACCAGGGUCAGAGCUGACUGACAAGAUGAAUUUUCUCCAGCGGGUGAAGAACAUCUUCUACCAUGUAUUUACACGCUUUCAAGUUUGGUAUGUCACAGACUCAAGCUAUAUCUCUUUUGUCCAUCAUUACUUUGGCAGUGACGUACAUUACAUGGAGUUGUUCCAAGCGGCAGAUAUAUGGCUGAUGAGAAAUGAUUUUACUCUUGAGUUCCCACGUCCCACAAUGCCAAAUGUCAUUUACAUGUCAGGAUUUCAGUGUAAACCUGCCAAGCCCUUGUCCAAAGAACUACAGGACUUUGUGCAGAGCUCUGGUGAACAUGGCGUCAUUAUAAUGACAUUGGGAACCCUGGUGUCAAAACUUCCUGAGGACAUCACUGAGGACAUUGCAGCUGCUUUUGCCCAACUUCCACAGAAGGUGAUCUGGAGGCACACAGGGAAAAGACCGUCCACACUUGGCAACAACACCUUACUCGUGGACUGGCUGCCACAGAAUGACCUCCUCGGUCACCCCAAGACUAGAGCAUUUGUGGCACAUGGAGGCACCAAUGGAAUACAGGAGGCCAUUUAUCACGGUGUCCCCCUCAUUGGUCUGCCCCUCAUGUUUGACCAGUCUGACAAUUUCUUCAGGAUGAAAGUAAGAGGUGUGGCCAAAGUCCUGGACAUUGCAACUGUGAACCAAGAUAACUUCCUGGAGGCUCUCAAAGAGGUGCUGUAUGAACCAAGCUACAGGGAGAAUAUGAAAAAGCUGUCCAACCUGCAAAGGGAUCAACCCAUAAAACCACUGGACCACGCCAUAUUCUGGAUCGAGUUUGUCAUGAGGCACAAGGGAGCAUCACAUCUUAAGUCAGAGUUUUAUAAGAUGUCCACGAUCCAGUAUUACUCAAUUGAUGUGAUGGGAUUUCUACUGGCAGUUAGUUUGCUAAUGUUUACUGUUUUUAUUUCUGUGAUAAAGUUUGUGUGGCACAGAGUGUUUUCCAGAAGCAAAGCCAAAAAGGAAUGAUAAAUGUGCUGCAAGAUUUAUAAAGCACAACCAUAAUACUAGCAACCUGCUCUAUUUUGUUAUUUAGAGUCAUGACCCGAGAGUGUAACUAAAUGCAGCCACAAGCGUCGUUCUGCCUUAUCGUUAUUUGUGUCUUGUCUGACUUAGCUAGAUGAAAUAACUUGUAGGCAUAAACAUACAAAGACAAGCUAAUAAGAAAAGAUAUGUUAGAUGUGUAUCAGCUCUGUCGCUGAUCUUUAAUGUCUGAUCAUCUGCCAGUAGCCUCAUUCUAAUGAUUUGAAGGUGUGUGCCCUGUUUUCUGAUUUUUAAUGAUAUAAAAUUGUUACAAUUUGGUAAUGAUAUAUAUGAUCUGUGAAGAUGUGUUCACUUCAAAUGCACAUUGUUGUUGGCAUUAUUAUGAUUUUUUUCUGUUUAUUUGUGUUACUAAAGCAAGUAAUUAAAUACCACAACUUGCAACUAGAUGUUGACGACGUCACCAGAUGGCAAUACUUCCUCUCUCAGUUUCAGGGAAGUCUUAUGCACUCUCUUGCUAGCUUAUGUGCACACAUAAAGCAAUUUACCUCCAUUUCUGAUAUUAUAUUGGGAAAUUCUUCACUCAAAUAUUUCUUCUGAAGAGAACAAUGUAAAUCCUGCAACUUUACAGGAUUUGUCAAACAACAUUCACAUCAAUACCUUUUCAUUGACGUUGUGUGUAACCUGAUUCAUUUUGAUUAUUUCAUAUAAAACGUGCUAUUCAACCAAUGGUGUUGCAGGAAUUUAAUGUUGAUUCUGUAUCUGAGCUAUAACUGAAUUUGAAUAAAGACCAUGGUGUUUGUGCAGAA